CUAAAACAUUGCACCGUGGCUGAACCCAUACCCCCUUAUCAUUUCUGUCUUAUCGCAGUGUGGCUACCUAGGUACCUACCUGUUAACCUUACCUAAGAUUGGAAUUUAAUUGGCUCCCAGGUGUUCGACACGCUGAUAGGAAACGCCAUUGCUUCGCCCGUCGCGGCGUCACCGUACCUUUCUAACAUCCGCAUUCCAACUUAAUUAAUUAGUUUGGAUAGCCAAAGACUCUCGUCAUACCCUCCUUUUCCUUCUGGCGAGGGUUGAGUCGCGAGGUCGGCAAGAUGCUUUCCGGUAUCCUAAUAUUCAAUCAAAAGGGCGAGAACCUCAUCUUCCGAGCAUUUCGAAACGACUGCCGACCACGUCUCGCCGAUGUCUUUCGAAUUCAAGUCAUAUCCAAUCCUCAAGUCCGCUCGCCUAUCCUCACCCUCGGAAGCACCACCUUCAGCCAUGUUAAGCAUGAAAACAUCUACUUGGUUGCCAUUACUAAGAGCAAUGCCAAUGCUGCCCUGGUGUUCGAGUUCCUAUACCGGCUGAUCCAGCUUGGUAGGGGAUACUUCGGCAAGUUCGACGAGGAGGCCGUCAAGAAUAAUUUCGUCUUGGUCUACGAACUAUUAGACGAGAUCAUCGAUUUUGGAUACCCUCAGAACACCGAGACGGAUACCCUGAAGAUGUACAUUACCACCGAAGGUGUCAAGUCCGAACGCGCACCCGAAGACUCGGCCAAGAUAACCAUGCAAGCUACCGGUGCCCUAUCCUGGAGGAAGGCCGAUGUCAAAUACAGAAAGAAUGAAGCAUUCGUCGACGUGAUAGAGGACGUCAACCUUCUAAUGUCAGCUACGGGAACCGUUCUUCGUGCUGAUGUCACUGGCCAGAUCAUCAUGCGCGCAUAUCUCUCGGGCACCCCGGAAUGCAAGUUCGGGCUCAAUGACCGCCUUCUGUUGGACCACGAUGGCCUCCAGUCGUUGCCGAGCGGCAAUAAGCUCGGGACCAAAGCUACAAAAGCAGCUGCCGGCAGUGUUACCUUGGAGGAUUGCCAAUUCCAUCAAUGCGUCAAGUUAGGCAAAUUCGACACUGACCGAAUCAUCUCCUUCAUCCCUCCCGAUGGGGAGUUCGAGCUUAUGCGUUAUCGAGCCACAGAGAACGUCAAUCUACCCUUCAAGGUGCACGCCAUCGUUAAUGAAGUUGGCAAGACCAAAGUAGAGUAUAGUAUUGGCGUCAAGGCGAAUUUUGGCAGCAAAUUGUUCGCUACCAACGUCGUUGUUCGUAUCCCCACUCCGUUGAAUACAGCUCGUAUCACGGAACGAUGCACCCAAGGCAAAGCUAAGUACGAGCCAAGCGAGAACAACAUCGUCUGGAAAAUCGGCCGCUUCACUGGUCAAAGCGAAUUCGUGUUAAGUGCCGAGGCGGAGCUCACGAGCAUGACAAACCAGAAAGCCUGGUCGCGCCCGCCUCUCAGCAUGAACUUCAGCCUUCUCAUGUUUACCAGCUCGGGUCUCCUUGUACGAUACUUGAAGGUGUUUGAAAAGAGCAACUAUUCAAGUGUAAAAUGGGUUCGAUACAUGACGAGAGCAGGGUCAUACGAAAUCCGGUGAGUCUUACGUCAACUCCUCCCCCGAGACCCCGACAUAAUUGCUGACCGUUACCGUAGAUUCUGAUCGUGACAAAUUGGA